UGUCAGAGUCGAAAACAAGAGGGGCACCAUCACGCCCACGACGCCGAGCAAAGCGGAUUAAAGUCCCGCAGAGAUGGCAGGGGAGCCAGAGGACGAGAUACCAGAAUCAGGAGCGGUUUUCACUUUUGGAAAGAGCAAAUUUGCCGACAACGCCCCCAGUAAAUUCUGGCUUAAAAAUGACGUCCCCUUAAAGAUAGCCUGUGGGGACGAGCAUACCGCCUUAAUAACAGAAAAUGGGAAACUCUUCAUGUUUGGUAGCAACAACUGGGGCCAGCUCGGCCUGGGAUCCAAACUGACGGUGAACAAGCCUACUUGUGUCAAAGCUCUAAAGUCUGAGAAAGUUGAGUUUGUGGCCUGUGGGAGAAACCACACUCUCAUCUCCACAGCCCAGGGGAAGGUGUUGGCGUCGGGGGGGAACAGCGAGGGCCAGCUGGGGCUCGGGGACUGUGAGGAGAGAACGGCCUUCCAGAGGAUCGGCUUCUUCGAUUCACGCGGUCCAAUCAAAAUGCUCGCUGCCGGCUCAAACACCUCCGCCGCUCUCACAGAGAGCGGUCAACUGUUCAUGUGGGGCGACAACACGGAGGGUCAGAUCGGUUUGGGGAAGGAGAGCCACGCCGCGUCGCCACAGGAAGUCAGCGUGGGCCAACCAAUCAGCUGGGUGUCCUGUGGAUACUACCACUCUGCCUUAGUCACAGUUGACGGCGCUCUGUACACGUUUGGGGAGAGCGACAGCGGGAAGCUGGGCCUGGGCACCGACCAGCUGCCGCGGCACCGAGUCCCGCAGCGCGUGAAGGGCGUCAAGGAGCCGGUGACUCAGGUGGCCUGUGGAGGGGGACACACGGUGGCACUCACAGAGGACGACGUGUUCACGUUCGGCCUCGGCCAGUUCGGACAGCUCGGUCACGGGACGUUCGUCUUCCAGUCGCCGCUGCCGCAGCCGGUCCAACACUUCAAGAAGGGACGAGUGCAGCAGGUGGCCUGCGGAGAAAACAACACUGCUGUCAUCACAGACAGCGGUUUGCUAUACACGUUUGGAGACGGCAGACACGGGAAACUGGGCCUGGGAGAAGAGAACUUCACCAACCAGUUCAAACCAACUCUGUGUCCGCGCUUCCUCAAGUACACCGUUCAGGCAGCUUAACGCGGCUGCCAUUGGAGCAAGCUAAUGCGACCAUUACCUGCACAAUGAUACCGUGAUGUGGAGCUGCUGGGGGACACGGCCAACUCCUCCGCCCUGCAGAGGAGCAUCUCUGCCCGGGUCCGCAGGAGGGAGAGGGAGAGAUCUCCGGACCAGUUCGGCGCCAUGUUCCGCACGCUGCCCACCGUGCUGCCCGGCUGCCUCCACCCGCCGCUGCCCGUCUCCAGCCAGACCUCCCCACCCAGACUGCCUCCGCCCGAGCUGAGCCACAGGAAGCUGCUCAACGGCUCUCACCAACACAGGAAGGCAGGGGCAAAGCACCAGGAGCGGACAGGAGGCGAGGCUGACAGCGCUGUGGAGAGCGUGACGGACAGCGACAGCGUUAAAGGCCUGGGAGAAACCUCCGACUUCCUCAACAUGACACAUGUGAUAAAGAUGGACCCGGGGGAUAAAACUCUCACUCUGGCUCCGGUUCACAAGAGGAAGGGUAAGCACGGUAAGACCACUAAAGUACAGAAAGAAAGCCCAAUAAAGGAGAGGAAGUCCCGUGAGAGCAAGGCUGCCUCUCCCCGCCGGGCGCUCCCUCCCGAGGGCCUGAGGAGCCACAGCGCUCGCUCUCGGGCCUCUCGGAGCCCACAGAGACACAAAACAACCAACCAGAACAAAGAGAAUCUGAUCAUGGCCAUGGAGGAGCUGCAGAGGAAACCUAGUAGAGACAAACCGAGUGUCGGGGACAUAAGGAAGGCGGCGUCCAAGCCGCGGCUCAGGCCAGCUCAGGGGAAAAGCCGGCUGAUGGAGGUCGGCAGGAAGCUGGAACCAGACUGGAAACAAAGUCCUGACGCCAGGCAGACAGUUUCAGGCGUCGCCUCUGAACCUGCAGGGAAAGUUAAGCCGUCUAAACCUGUCCAUGUUCAGAGCAAACCCAUCGCCGUGCAGAGUCAGCGUGCAGGAGUUAGUUCGCCAGGUAACCGCACACACUCACCUGCGUCUCAGCUGGCCGAUGCUCUGGAUGAAGAGAGCUCCAGUAGCUCGCGACCGCUCGCACAGGUUAAACAAAAAUCUAAAUCUAAAGAGAGCACAGCUUUGUCUAAAAAGUCUAAGAAAGAAAAAAAAGAGGCUCAGUCAAAAAUAGAAACACCGAAAAAGCUCGACCUGCUGGCUGGAGCGGCCUCUCUGGCGGCGGGGGCGGUGGUAAUGCAUGAGGUGGCGUCCAGAAGCUGUUUAAGCUCGCCGUCGCCAUCCCCAUCCGAGAGCAGCCGCGGCGUCCUGAAAGACGGCACGGCCCAAUCACGGAGCCAGGAGUCUGAAUCCUACACCGACGAUUUCAGCAACAAAUCAGCUGUCAGCAUCAACAUCAUACCGGAGAGUCCUGAGGGUGGGACGAGUCAGGGCAAGAAGGAAACGAGUCAGGGCAAGAAGGAAACGAGUCAGAGAAAGAAGGGAACGAGUCAGAGAGAGGAGGAAACGAGUCAGAGAGAGGAGGAAACGAGUCAGGGAGAGGAGGGAACGAGUCAGGGAGAGGAGGGAACGAGUCAGGAUAUAAGUGAGGAGGAGAGUAAGGACUCUGCAAUGGUCAGACAGGAAGAAGCGGAUGAAGAUGAGGAAGGGCAGAGAACGAGCACUGGAGUCAGUGAGGAGGAAGAGGAGGAUGAAGAUGAGGAAGGGCAGAGAACGAGCGCAGGAGUCAGCGAGGAGGAAGAGGAGGAUGUCAGUCGCAGUAUCGAGAAAGUAACAGAAGAAGAAGAAGACGAAGACAGCGACACUCUGCAACCAGAGGAUGAGUUGGAAACAGAUGUCGAAGAGGAGAGAAGUGCCGAGGAAGAGGAGGAGGAAGAGGAAGCGAGUGGGACGACAGGAAGUGAAAGUGCAGUCGAGACAGAAUCAAAAGCGAGCAGAGGAGGCGAUGCAGAAGAGGAGGAGGAGGAAAGCGAGGUAGAGGAAGAGUGGAGUCACGAGACAGAGAGCAGAGGAGAGUCUGAAGAGAAGGAGGAAGGUGAGGAAGAAGAAGAGGGGGAUGUGGAAGAGGAGGGUGAAAGUGAGUCCUUAAAGAGUGAGGAAGAGACAGAAAAGAGUGAGUCAGAGAGCGAGAGAGAGGGAGGAGAAGAGGAGGAAGAAAGUAGUGGUGCUGAGGAGGAAGAGGAGGAGAGUAGUGAGGAAGAAAAGAGCAAAAAGGAGGAAAGUGAAGAUGAGGAGGAAGAAGGAGAAGAGGAGGAAGAAGAGGAAGCAGGGGAGGAGAGUAGUGCGGAAGAAGAAAGUGAAAAGGGUGAAAGUGAAGCAGAGGAGGAAGGAGCAGAGGAGGAAGAGGAGGAGAGUAGUGAGGAAGAAGAGAGCGAAAAGGAGGAAAGUGAACAGGAGGAAGGAGAAGAGGAGGAAGAAGAGGAAGGAGAAGAGGAGGGGAGUGAAAAUGAAAAGCAGGAGGAAGAAGAAGAAGAAGAGGAGGAAGAAGAGGAAGGAGAAGCAGAGGAAGAGAGUGUUGAGGAAAAAGAGAGUGAAGAGGAGGAGGAGGGGGAAGAAGAGGAAGGAGAAGCAGAGGAAGAGAGUGUUGAGGAAAAAGAGAGUGAAGAGGAGGAGGAGGGAGAAGAAGAAGAGGGGGAGGAGGGAGAAGAAGAAGAGGAGGAGGAGGGAGAGGUUGAUAACAAAGAAGAGGAGGGUGAAGAAGAAGAAGAAGAAGAAGAAGAGGAGGAAGAGGUUGUGAAAAAGCCAGAGUCAGCUGUUGUCCAGAGAGUUGUGUCUGGCAGGAAAGGGAGGUCCGGGGUCAAAGGUCAGGCAGCGGACGAGUCUGAGGAGUUUUGGGACGACGUGUUGCCGCGGUACCUCAAUCUGAAAUGAGCCAAUCAUGAUUCAGUCUGUGUAGCAGCAGGAAAUAAAAAGAGACAUCCAU